GCGCGCUGGGCCCGGGCGGCCGGCGGCGGCCCCGGGGCUGGGGGGAGUCCAGCCCGGAUAUUGAGUGCAGCCAUUGAGAAAAGCCAAACUCUUGUGUGUGUGCGUCUCGAAUAGCCCCCAAGAUGGCCGCCAAUGUUGGAUCGAUGUUUCAAUAUUGGAAGCGAUUUGAUCUACGGCGACUCCAGAAGGAGCUUAAUUCCGUCGCUUCCGAGCUGUCUGCACGGCAGGAGGAGAGUGAACAUUCUCAUAAACAUUUAAUUGAACUCCGCCGGGAAUUUAAGAAAAAUGUACCUGAGGAAAUCAGAGAGAUGGUGGCUCCUGUAUUAAAAAGCUUCCAAGCUGAGGUGGUGGCUCUUAGUAAGAGAAGUCAGGAGGCCGAAGCUGCUUUCCUGAGCGUUUACAAGCAGUUAAUUGAAGCACCAGACCCCGUGCCUGUGUUUGAGGCUUCACGCAGCCCAGACGACAGACUGCAGUCCCCCAGCUUCGACCCCAGCGGGCAGCCGCGGCGAGAGCUCCACAGUUCGUGGAAGAGACACCCUGAGCUCCUCGGCCCCAAAGAACAGAGAGAGGGGACGUCGCCGGCUGCGCCCACGCUGACUGAGGGGAGCCGCCUCCCAGGCAUUCCCAGCAAAGCCCUCCUGACAGAAACUUUGCUGCAGAGAAAUGAGGCAGAGAAACAAAAGGGCCUUCAGGAAGUACAGGCCUUCACUUUGGCAGCCAGACUGGGGGAAGCCGAGGAGAAGAUCAAGGUCCUACAUUCAGCGUUGAAGGCCACGCAGACAGAGCUGCUGGAGCUGCGGCGGAAAUACGAUGAGGAGGCGGCAUCCAAGGCAGAUGAAGUCGGCCUGAUCAUGACCAACCUGGAGAAAGCUAAUCAGCGAGCCGAGGCUGCCCAGCGGGAGGUGGAAAGUCUUCGGGAACAACUUGCCUCUGUCAACAGCUCCAUCCGCCUGGCCUGCUGCUCUCCUCAGGGACCCAGUGGGGAUAAGGUGAACUUCGCUCUGUGCUCGGGCCCUCGGCUUGAGGCUGCCCUGGCCUCCAAGGAUCGGGAGAUCCUGCGGCUGCUGAAGGAUGUGCGGCACCUCCAGAACUCUCUGCAGGAGCUGGAGGAGACCUCCGCCAACCAGAUUGCAGACCUAGAGCGGCAGCUCAUGGCCAAGUCGGAGGCCAUCGAAAAGCUGGAAGAGAAGCUCCAGGCACAGUCUGACUAUGAAGAAAUUAAAACAGAGCUGAGCAUCCUCAAAGCAAUGAAGCUGGCCUCCAACACCUGCAGCCUCCCCCAGCCCUGCUUCUUGUCUCCUCAGGGCAUGGCAAAGCCCGAAGACUCCCUGCUCAUGGCAAAGGAGGCAUUCUUCCCUGCGCAGAAAUUCCUUCUAGAAAAGCCUGGUCUUUUGGCCAGCCCUGAGGAAGACCCUUCAGAGGAUGUUGCCAUCAAGGAUUCUCUGGGCACGGAGCAGUCCUACCCAUCCCCUCCACAGCUCCCACCGCCACCAGGGUCCGAAGACCCCCUGUCCCCCAGCCCAGGGCAGCCCUUGCUGGGCCCUGGCCUCGGCCCUGAUGGCCCUCGGACUUUCUCGCUGUCCCCCUUCCCCAGCCUGGCUUCAGGGGAGAGAUUGGCAGGGGACACGCUGCUGUCCAAGCACAUGAUGCCCCCGGCUGCCUUCAAGGGGGAGGCGGGAGGCCUGCUGGUGUUCCCCCCGGCCUUCUAUGGCGCCAAGCCGCCCACGGCCCCUGCCACCCCAGCCCCUGGCCCUGAGCCACCCGGGGGCCCUGAGCCAGCGGAGGGCAGUGGCGGCGGCGUGGCCACAGCGGGGGCCGGGGCAGAGGAGGAGCAGCUGGACACGGCGGAGAUCGCAUUCCAGGUGAAGGAGCAGCUGCUCAAACACAACAUCGGGCAGCGGGUGUUUGGCCACUACGUGUUGGGCCUGUCCCAGGGCUCAGUCAGCGAGAUCCUGGCCCGGCCCAAGCCCUGGCGCAAGCUCACGGUGAAGGGCAAGGAGCCCUUCAUCAAGAUGAAGCAGUUCCUGUCGGACGAGCAGAAUGUGCUGGCUCUGAGGACCAUCCAGGUGCGGCAACGAGGCAGUAUCACCCCGAGAAUCCGCACACCAGAGACCGGCUCGGAUGACGCCAUCAAGAGCAUCCUGGAGCAGGCCAAGAAGGAGAUCGAGUCGCAGAAGGGGGGUGAGCCCAAGAACUCGACAGCCCCACUGAGCAUCACCAAUGGCACAGCCCCCGCCAGCACCUCAGAAGAUGCCAUCAAGAACAUUCUGGAACAAGCGCGCCGUGAGAUGCAAGCGCAGCAGCAGGCCCUACUGGAGAUGGAGGCAGGCCCCCGCGGCCGCUCGGUGCCUCCCUCGCCCCCAGAGCGGCCCUCGCUGGCCGCCAUGAGCCAGAACGGGGCCCCGACCCAUGUCAAGCAGGAGGAGAGUGGUGUCGGCGGCGGUGGUGUCGGCAGUGGGGGGACCAGCAGCAGUGCCACACAGACAUCCCUCACGGUCCUGUCCCCGGCCGCCUUUGUGCAGAGCAUCAUCCGGAAGGUCAAGUCAGAGAUCGGCGAUGCCGGCUACUUCGACCACCACUGGGCUUCGGACCGCGGCCUCCUCAGCCGCCCCUACGCCUCCGUCUCGCCCUCACUCUCCUCCUCCUCCUCCAGCUACUCCGGCCAGCCCAGCGGGCGGGCCUGGCCCCGUGGGGACGAGGUGCCCACGGCCCCCGAGGAGGAAGCGGCCGGGAGUGAGGACGAGCCCCCCAGGGUGGGUGAGCUCAAGGCCGAGGGGGGCGGCCCCGAGGGGGGCAGCGGUGGGCGACUGGCCUACUACCCGGCCUACGUGCCCCGCACGCUGAAGCCCACCGUGCCGCCCCUGACCCCCGAGCAAUACGAGCUCUACAUGUACCGUGAGGUGGACACCCUGGAGCUGACGCGCCAGGUCAAGGAGAAGCUGGCCAAGAAUGGAAUCUGCCAGAGGAUCUUCGGGGAGAAGGUGAAGAUGGCGGGGCCCACCCUCGGAGGCUCCGGGGCCUGGAGCACGGGACCUGGGGAGGGAGGACCCCCAUCCCACGUCCAUGGUCUGGAAAGAAUGCGUGUGUGAGUGUGUGCGCGCGCGUGCGUGUGUGCAAGAACUGGGCAGAAGCAGAAUUCGGACCCUGGUCUGUGUGACCCCAAAAGCCCUUUUUCCUGUUUC